AUGCUGCUCCUUUAUUACGCCGCACUUUUUGGCCUCAGCACCGCCUUCUCGCAGGAGGUGCUGCGCGCCGAGCCUCAGUCCUCUUCCGACUUCCGCGUGUACAGGAGCAGUCACUCGCCAGACCACUCCAUCCGUAUCAGGCAGCAGGAUGAAUCCAUCUGCGCUGCCGGCUCGGCUCAGUACACUGGGUGGCUCGAUGUCGGCCCUCAUCAUCUCUUUUUCUGGUACUUCGAGAGCCGGAAUGAUCCUGCCAACGACCCAUUGACUCUCUGGAUGACAGGUGGGCCAGGCGGUUCGAGUAUGAUCGGUCUGUUUGAGGAGGUCGGUCCGUGUUUGAUUAAUGAGCAUGGUAAUGGCACCUACUACAAUCCCUACGGCUGGUCACAGAAUACGUCGCUGCUCUUUGUGGACCAGCCUGUCAAUGUUGGGUUUUCGUAUACCGAUGAAGGAUACGAUAUCCCGCAUAACUCGCAGGAAGCUGCCGUGGACAUGCACAGGUUCCUGCAGAUUUUCAUCACGGAGGUUUUUCCUGACAAGCAGAAGGUCCCUUUCCACCUUUCUGGCGAAUCGUUUGCAGGAAAAUAUGUCCCGUAUCUCGGCAGCCAGAUCGUGCGCCAGAACAAGCGCUAUCCCAACCAGCCCCAGGUACCCCUGCAGUCGUGCCUGGUAGGAAAUGGCUACAUGUCACCGAAGUACUCGGCUUUCGGGUACUGGGAAACGCUUUGCACGACCAACCCGGGCGUUGCCGAGCCCGUCUUCAACAGCACGAGAUGUGAUAUCAUGGCUGCCAAUAUGCCUCGGUGCCAGGAGGUUGCCGAGAUCUGUGAGCGCAAUCCCGAUCCCGCUAUAUGCAAUGCUGCAGUUUCUGUCUGCUGGGAUGGUGUAAUCCGGUGGUAUGACGAGGAGUCAUAUGGUGGCGGACGGAACCGAUUCGAUAGUGAGUCAAGAACCCUAGUUCUAUGGGUGGUGUCGCGAUUGGCUUACAAGAAGGCAACAGUCACGGCGCCUUGUGAAAUCGAUGAUAUAUGCUAUAUCGAAGCUGCGCGCAUCGAGCAGUACCUCAACAGCCCAACCAUCUGGAAAGCAUUGUCUCCACCGAAACAAGUGAAGAAAUACGUGGUCGAAUCUGACACCGUUGCUCGCGCAUUUGAGACCUCCUCAGACCUGAUGACCUCCUCGUCCGCACAUGUCGCCUAUUUACUCGAGAACCAGGUGCACUACAUGGCCUACCAAGGUAAUCUCGACCUUGCCUGUAACACGGCCGGAAAUAUACGCUGGGCGGAUUCGCUGCGCUGGAAAGGCCAGGUCGAGUUUGCCUCCAAGGCCCUGCGGCCCUGGUCUGCGGCCCUUGCGACCACGGGGAGGAAUGAGACUGUUGGGACAAUGAAAGAGGUCAGCAUUUUUACCACGGACGGUGCUGAAAUUCCGUCACGGUUCGCGAUUGUGACAGUUGAUGGAGCAGGUCAUUUCCUUCCUCAAAAUCGGCCUGAUGUUGCACAGGAUAUGAUGAUACGCUGGAUUACGGGAGGAUCCUUUGCAUGA